AUGAUCAGCUGCGGAAAACUGGGGGUGUUGGUGGUUGUAGUAGGACUUGCCCUUCUCCAACAUGUCUGUGCUGCCAAUGUUUGGAUGGGGAUGCCAAUCCAAGGCCGUUCUGGACUUUUCGAGAGACAAGUGAUUGAUUGCGGUGUGGGGUUGACCGCGUGUGGAGGCGACGGAUGUAUUCCAACGGGCAGAUGCUGUAACCCUGAUGGUGGUGGCGGUGGAUGGAGCUGUCGCACAAACGCACUAUGCUACACUGUCUCAGGAACAGUUGACUGUUAUGCAACUACCGGUACGAACACUGUGGCACCAACAACAGCUAGGGACUGUUAUGACUACACUGCUACUGGCUGUGACGAGGGGAUUGGAUGCUUCCACUGCCUGAGCACUGCCUCUCCCUUCUGCGCUACUAGAAGCGUUACAGGUUCAAACGACAUUUGGAUAGUAUGCAAUGCCGUCGGCGGAAGAGACCCGGUCCCUGGCAGCGCUACCACCACUAGAACCUCUCCCACCAGUACUGGUCUCGCCCUGGCGACGGCCACCGAUACCCGCCCUAGCACCACUCCUGGCUCUCCCUCCACUUCUACCAUCACUCCUGGACCCUCCAUAUCAACUACCUCAACUCCCGUUCCGGCUGCUGGGGGAGGAACUACGAUUUCUACUGGCGCCAUCGCCGGCAUCGCGAUCGCUGGUUUCGUCGCACUCUCUGUAAUUGGGGUGCUUGUAUUCUUACUCUAUAGGAAAGGGAAGAACACUCAGCAGGCGCAGGCGCAGGCGCAACCGCAGCCUCUGAUGAAUGAUGUUGACCGUAAUGAUAUGGCAAAGAACGAGCCUAUGGUAGAGUUGAGCGCCGAAUCAAUGGAUCCGCGGAUGGAGCUGCAGGAGUUGGACGCUCAUGCAAUUAAAGGCCGCACUCCGACCUCCGCGCCGAGCGAGUUGGUCUGA